AUGAGUGGACGGGCCCGUGUGAGGGCACGAGGCAUCAGCACUGGCCACAGUGCCGGGGAAGUGGGGCGGGCCCCAGGAGACCUCAUGGUCACAUCUGCCAGUCCUGGGGACAGCGAGGCUGGCGGUGGGACAAGUGUCAUUUCACAGCCAAAUGAGCUCGGUGUCUCUUCUGGUGAUGCUGAACGUACGUUCGUGGAAGGAAGAGGCAAAGGCAGACGGGACUUCGUCGAUUUGGCUGUCUGUACCAGGGAGAAGUUGACCCAUGUAAAAGAGUCUAAAACAGGUUCUAGUGGAAUACCUGUGCAGCUGGCUACGAAUCUCUUUAAUUUAGAUAUUCCUGAGAAUUGGGAACUGUACCAGUACCAUGUCACAUACAGCCCAGACUUAGCCUCUAGGAGGCUGAGGGUCGCUUUGCUUUAUAACCACAGCACACUUUCAGACAAGGCAAAAGCAUUUGAUGGUGCCAGCCUCUUCCUCUCAGAAAAGCUGGACCAAAAGGUCACAGAACUGACAUGUGAAACUCAAAGAGGUGAGACUGUAAAGAUAACUCUCACCCUAACAAGCAAGCUGUUCCCAAACUCCCCCGUGUACAUUCAGUUCUUCAAUGUCAUCUUCAGAAAGAUCUUUAAAAAGUUGAGUAUGUACCAAAUUGGACGGAACUUCUACAAGCCUUCAGAACCAGUGGAGAUCCCCCAGUACAAAUUGUCCCUGUGGCCUGGGUUUGCCAUUUCUGUGUCCCACUUUGAAAGCAAACUCCUGUUCAAUGCUGACGUGAACUACAAAGUCCUCCGCAAUGAGACUGUUCUGGAGUUCAUGACCGAUCUCUGCCUCAGAACUGGCAUGUCUUGCUUCACUGAGAUGUGCCACAAACAGCUGGUGGGGCUCAUUGUCCUUACCAGAUACAACAACAAAACAUACCGUAUCGAUGACAUUGACUGGUCCGUGAAGCCCACACAUGCCUUUCAGAAGCGGGAUGGCUCGGAGAUCACGUAUGUGGAUUACUACAAGCAGCAAUAUGAUAUCACCUUAUCUGACCUAAAUCAGCCAGUGCUUGUUAGCCUGUUGAAAAGAAAGAGAAAUGAUAACUCUGAGCCUCAGAUGGUCCACUUGAUCCCGGAGCUCUGCUUCCUCACAGGCCUGACCAGCCAAGCAACCUCAGAUUUCCGCCUGAUGAAGGCAGUCGCUGAAGAAACCCGGCUCAGUCCUGUGGGAAGGCAGCAGCAACUGGCCAGACUUGUAGAUGACAUCCAGAGGAACCAAGUGGCUCGGUUUGAGCUUGAGACCUGGGGAUUGCAUUUUGGAAGCCAGCUAUCCCUGACUGGCCGGGUUGUUCCCUCGGAAAAAAUCCUGCUGCAGGACCACACAUGUCAACCUGCAUUUGCUGCUGAUUGGUCCAAAGAUAUGCGAUCUUGCAGAGUUUUGAGUUCUCAGCCUUUGAAUAGAUGGUUGAUCGUGUGCUGUAACAGGGCUGAGCACUUGAUUGAAGCCUUUCUGGGCUGUCUGAGGAGAGUUGGAGAUUCCAUGGGAUUUAAUGUGAGCUACCCAAAAAUCAUAAAAGUGGACGAAAACCCGGCAGCAUUCCUUCGAGCCAUCCAGCUGCACGUCGACCCUGAUGUUCAGUUGGUGAUGUGCAUUCUGCCUUCUAAUCAGAAGAACUAUUAUGACUCCAUUAAAAAGUAUCUGAGCUCUGACUGCCCAGUCCCAAGCCAGUGUGUGCUGACCCGGACCUUGAAUAAGCAGGGAAUGAUGCUGAGUGUGGCCACCAAGAUCGCCAUGCAGAUGACCUGCAAACUUGGCGGCGAGCUGUGGGCUGUGGAGAUUCCAUUGAAGUCCCUGAUGGUCGUGGGCAUUGAUGUCUGCAGAGACGCCCUCAGCAAGGAUGUGGUGGUCGUUGGGUUUGUAGCCAGCAUCAACUCCAGGAUCACCAGGUGGUUUUCCCGCUGUGUCCUUCAGAGGACGGCAGCUGACAUUGCAGAUUGCCUAAAAGUCUGCAUGACUGGUGCUCUCAACAAGUGGUACAAAUACAACCAUGAUUUGCCGGCGCGGAUAGUCGCAUACCGGGAUGGUGUGGGCAAUGGCCAGCUAAAGGCAGUUCUGGAAUAUGAAGUCCCACAGCUGCUGAGCAGUGUGACGGAGUGUGGCUCAGAUGCCAGGAGCUGCAGACUGUCCGUGGUUGUGGUCAGGAAGAGAUGCCUGCUGCGCCUCUUUGCUGCGACCAGCCACACUGUGCAGAACCCCCCACUUGGCACUGUUGUGGACUCAGAAGCAACACGUCCAGAGUGGUAUGACUUCUACUUGGUCAGCCAGACUGCUAACCGGGGGACUGUUAGUCCCACCUACUAUAACGUCAUCUAUGACGACAAUGCCUUGAAGCCUGACCACAUGCAGCGACUGACCUUCAAACUGUGCCACCUCUACUACAACUGGCAGGGCAUAAUCAGUGUCCCUGCACCUUGUCAGUAUGCACACAAGCUGACCUUCCUGGUGGCACAAAGCAUCCACAAGGAACCAAGUCUGGAAUUAGCCAAUAAUCUGUUCUACCUGUGA